AUGGAAGAACAUAAUGGGAUGCCUGACUGUAGUCAGCUUUUAGACCUGAAGAACACAGCAGAAAGCGACUCUGACCCACUCACUACAUUUUCUGUGAAAACGCUGUUUGGAUUUACAGCUAAGCUUGAAUCUGCAGCUCCCAAGGAAGAAACACUGCUUAAACAAUUUCAGCCUUUGCACAGCAAUAUAAAUACUCACGCUAACACCUGGCAUGAGAGGAAUGAUAAUGGAUAUAAUGAGGACUCAGAAAAUCAGCACAGCGUGGAUAGUACCAGUGGCCAAGCUGACCCAAUGUCUGACAGGCAAGCAGGCCUGGAGCUGGAGUUAGCUGACCAAAAUGAAUUACUUCUUCAGCAUUUGGGGUUUGUUCAGACUUCUUUGUCUGAAUCUGACAGUGAUGACAAGGAUGCUAUUCUUGUGCAAGGUACUUUGGUUCAUACAACAAGUGACACAGAAUCGGACACGGAGAAUAAGGACCUAGACACCGAUGAGAACAAUGCAAGCAAAUAUGGGCUAAAAAAUGCUGCUUUGUCUGCUGAGGCCUUGGACAACAGCAAUCUACAUAAGGAAGAGUCAGAAUCAGAAGGGUACAGCAACAGUGAUGACACUGUGGAUACAGAUGACAUUGAGUUACACCCACCAUUCUCUAAGCAGCUCCCAAAAGAGCUGGAUGGUAUUCUACAGUAUGACUCCAAUGGAAAAGACAGAAUGUUAAUGGAUGAGCAAUUCACUCAUUUGCUUGCUACAGGGGAAUGCCCUCAAGAACUUUCAGAUGAAGAACAAAGACCUUCCGUUGAUAAUAUAUCACUCCAAAAAACAGCACUGGCUGAAAAGACUUUCCAGCUGCCUGCUUUCUUCAGUGGACUACGUGUCAGGAAAAAGGGACUAACCACAGAAGAUGGGGAAACUGUUACAGAAAUUAAACCAAGGGAGAAUGAUUUAGCUCUGCUUAAAUUACGACAGCCUGUUAAGAAAUCCAGUAUUGCAUCAGGUUUCACCAUUAAAAAAAAAUCAUCUGAACCUAAAGCAAAUCCCACUUUCCUAGAACAACUCUCACACUUGUUAAACAUAGACGUCUCCAAGAAUGAAGAUAGAACUGAGGACUCUGGUGAGGGAUCUAGUGAGACUGUGGACAGCGAUGAAGCUCAAGAGAACAAAGCCUCCAGCAAAAGAGAACCACGAUUUCCCUCUGAGGAGAUAAAAUCAAGCCCUGCUGAAUCUGCACUGGAUGCCUUUAAAGCCUUAUUCACGCGACCUCCCAAGAAAGAAACAACUGCAGAUACUUCAGAGCUGGAAGCCCUGAAACGCAAAAUGAGAAAUGAAAAAGAGUCCUUGAAAGCUGUAUUUGAAAGGUCAAAAUCAAAACCUGGGGAUGGAGCAUCAGACAAAUCUCCUGACCUCAGUCCCUCAGAGCAAGAUGACAAGACUCCAGGGAGACUCCAGACUGUCUGGCCGCCACCAAAAGCAAAUCAUGAAGAAGUAAAAGUAGGAUUGAAGUACACAGAAGCAGAGUACCAAGCUGCCAUUCUGCAUUUAAAGAGGGAACACAAAGAAGAAAUUGAAACAUUAAAGUCUCAGUUUGAACUCAGGGUAUUCCAUAUCCGUGGAGAACAUGCUGUCUCAACUGCUCAGCUUGAGGAAACCAUUGCACAUCUGAAGAAUGAACUUGAUAAUAAAUUAAACAGAAGAAAUGAAAAAGCAAAGGAUAUUGGUGUUUCUACUGAAGAUGAUAACCCACCAAAGGCAUACCGAAAUGUAUGUAUACAGACUGACAGAGAGACUUUUAUAAAGCCUAGUGAAGAAGAAAACAGAGCUGUGAAAAAUAACCAAAUAGUACCCAAAAAGCUUAAUAUUUCUUCUUUGACACAUAGUAUAUCUGCCCAAAGUGAAAAUAAGGACAAUUACAAUGUACAGUCAUCAGAAAGUGUCUUGUCUUGUCAACCAAAACAAAUGCUGCCUCCUCCACCACCACCACCACCUCCUCCCCUUCCUGAUUCUUCACUGUCCACUGUAGUUCCUCCACCGCCACCUUUGCCAAUGGGACCGACUUCACUGACAUCUCAGUUUGGAUCUGGUCCACCGCUGCCACCUCCACUUUCUGAAGGCUGUAGGAAUUUUCAAGCACCACCACCACCGCCACCACCACCGCUUCCGGGGCUGGGACCUCCUGUUCCUCCUCCACUGCCUGGAUCUGGGUUACCUCCACCCCCUCCACCUCCUGGGCCUGGGUUCUUUUUUAAUAGCACUUUAUCUUCAAACCAAGGUCCUCGAAAACCUGCCAUUGAACCUGGCCGCCCCAUGAAGCCUUUGUACUGGACACGAAUACAAUUGCAAGAUAACAGGAAAACUGCUAUGCCAACAUUAUGGGAAUCACUGGAAGAACCUGAUAUACUUGACACUACUGAGUUUGAAUAUUUAUUCUCCAAAGACACCACUCAGGAAAAAAGAAAACCAUUAUCAGAGACUUAUGAAAAAAAAACCAAGGCCAAAAAGAUUAUCAAAUUGCUGGAUGGAAAGCGGUCUCAAACUGUAGGAAUUUUAAUAUCGAGUUUGCACUUGGAGAUGAAGGAUAUUCAACAAGCUAUAUUGUGUGUUGAUGACUCUGUAGUAGAUCUGGAGACACUGGAGGCCCUAUAUGAAAACAGAGCACAAAAGGAUGAACUGGAGAAAAUCAAGCAAUAUUAUCAGACUUCAAAAGAGGAGGAACUGAAGCUUCUGGAUAAACCAGAACAAUUUCUGUAUGAGUUGUCUCAAAUCCCCAACUUCGCAGAACGAGCUCAGUGUAUAAUCUUCCAGUCAGUUUUCUCUGAAGGGAUUACAUCAGUGCACCGGAAAGUAGAUAUUGUGACUCGUGUUUCCAAGGCUUUGCUGAGCAUGAAAAGUGUAAAGGAAAUUUUGGGCUUGAUUCUGGCUUUUGGAAAUUAUAUGAAUGGAGGGAAUAGGACCCGAGGUCAAGCUGAUGGGUUUGGAUUGGAAAUACUCCCCAAACUAAAGGAUGUCAAAAGCAGAGAUAAUGGUAUUAAUCUUGUGGAUUAUGUAGUCAUAUAUUACCUACGCCAUUGUGAUAAGGAAGCAGGAACAGACAAGAGCAUUUUUCCUUUACCAGAACCACAGGAUUUUUUCCAGGCCUCCCAAGUUAAAUUUGAAGACCUAAUAAAAGACUUAAGGAAACUGAAGAGAGAUCUAGAAGCCUCUGAAAAGCAGAUGAAGUUAGUUUGCAGAGAGUCUUCUGAAGAGCAUCUCCAGCCCUUCAAGGAGAAAUUAGAGGAAUUCUUCCAGAAAGCUAAAGAAGAACGGAAAAAAGAAGAGAACAGUUUGGAAAAUGCUCAAAAAUGCUUUGAAGAAACAGUGGGAUACUUUGGGAUAAAGCCAAAGCCUGGUGAGAAGGAGAUCACACCAAACUACGUUUUCACGGUGUGGUACGAAUUCUGCAGUGACUUCAAGACCAUUUGGAAACGAGAGAGCAAAAGCAUUUCUAAGGAACGAAUUAAAGUGGCUCAGCAAUCAGUGAGCAAGUUAACUGCAGAGAAGAAAGUUGAAACGAAGAAAAUCAAUCCUACAGCCAGCCUGAAAGAAAGACUACGUCAGAAGGAAGCCAGUGUGACUGCCAACUGAAGGAAGAUGAAUGAAAACAGUACAGUGAUUUCAUACAUUGCCUGAUGCUUUACUACACCAAUGGCCCAGGAAGCACCUUAUGUUAGAUACUGAAUUCUGCUUUGCUGAUGUGUCCCAAGACAAUCCAUUAAAGACUUUUGAGUUCCUUCAGAGGGGUUUGUAUGUUCAGUGGAGGGAAUUCUAAGAAGGUUUUUAUGUGAGAAAUCAAAUUUUUUUCUGUAACUGUUCCUUACAUUGCUUAAAAUGCAUCCUGUUGUCAAUGGUUUAUUAAAAUAUUCUGUGUAUAAUGUAUUAAUACUGAAGAGCUAAAAUGAGCAUUUUGGAUGCUGAGUUAAGUAAUGACUAACAACCUGUAGGUUAUUUACAGGGCUUUAUGUAGAUGAGAGCAAAUAUACCAUUCUGUUCACAAAGGUCUAUUGCAGCAUACUUUUUGUUACUUCAUCAGUAACUGAGGUAAGAUUGACUGAUUCUAAAUAAUUUUAGUGUCUAACUAUUGGAUGCAUCUUUCUAAAAGUGAUUAAAUGUAAUUAUAGAUUCAAACUGUAUUUUGCUAUAAAUAUUUUUAUAGAA